AGCUGCACAGCUAAAGAAGGCGGGGCUAAUAGCUGAACCAUAUUACUGAAGUCCCUCAGCUGGAGAAAGCACUUCUGGACAAAACAUACCACCAUGUUUGUCACACUACUUCUGUUAUGGCUCUGUAUUUGCUUCAUCAUCCUCCAAUUAAAGUCUCGGAGGCCCAAGAACUUCCCACCGGGACCCCCCGUCCUACCCAUACUGGGGAACCUGUUGCACCUGAACCUGGAGAACCCUUUAAAGGACUUUGAGAGGCUGCACAAGUCAUAUGGAAACGUCUACAGUCUGUUCAUCGGCCCCAACCCAGCUGUAGUCAUCAACGGGCUGAAGGCCAUGAAGGAGGCCAUUGUGAUCAAGGCCUCCGAUUUUUCAGGACGACCUCAUGACUCAUUUGUUAGCAAUGUCACUCAGAGAAAAGGAGUGAUCCUGGCCGACUAUGGCUCCGUUUGGAGGGACCAUCGUCGCUUUGCUCUGAUGACUUUAAGGAACUUCGGUCUCGGGAAAAAGUCCAUGGAGGACAGGAUCCAUGAUGAGGUUCAAUAUACCAUUAAAACACUGGAAACCAGCAUCGGUAAAAUUCUGAGUCCUCAGGUCAUGUUCCAUAAUGCAGCCUCUAACAUCAUCUGCCAGGUUCUCUUUGGUAAACGCUACGAGUACGAUGAUGAGACCAUCAAAACGAUUGUUCAGUGCUUCAUUGAGAUUACGAAAAUAGCCAACGGACCGUGGGCUAUGCUCUAUGACUCUCUUCACAUAAUUCGUAACCUGCCUCUGCCAUUCAGAAAUGCCUUCAAGAAUUAUGAGACCUGCGAGAACAUUGUGAAACAUAUGGUAAAUGAGUUUAGGAAGACCAGAGUCCCUGGAGAGCCUCGACACUUUGUUGACUGCUACCUGGAUGAACUGGAAAAGGGAGGAGGUCAGGAAACUUUGUUUUCAGAGGAACAGCUUGUAGGGACCUGCCUGGAUCUUUACAUCGCUGGAACUGACACCACCUCCAACACCCUGCUGACGUCUUUCCUUUACCUGAUGAACCACCCACACAUACAAGAGCGAUGUCAACAGGAAAUCGACCUGGUGUUGGAGGGAAAGGAUCGUCCCAGCUUUGAGGACAGAAACAACAUGCCAUACAUGCAGGCUGUGAUCCAUGAAGUCCAGAGGAUUUCCAACACUGUUCCUCUCAGCGUCUUUCACUGCACGACUAGAGACACCGAGCUGAUGGGAUACUCCAUUCCCACGGGUACAAUGAUCAUCCAGAACCUGGCCUCAGUGCUGAUGGAGGAGGGACAGUGGAAGUUCCCUCAUGAGUUCAACCCAGAAAACUUCCUGAAUGAGAAGGGAGAGUUUGUCAAACCAGAGGCCUUCAUGCCUUUCUCUGCAGGUCCUCGGAUGUGUCUGGGAGAGGGUCUGGCUCGUAUGGAGCUCUUCCUCAUCAUGGUGACUCUGCUGAAGAAGUUUAAGUUCAUCUGGCCUGAAGAUGCUGGAGAACCAGACUUUACUCCAGUUUUUGGGAUCACUAUGUCUCCAAAACCUUAUCCGAUGAAGGUCCAGCUGAGAUCAGAGCAGAGACCAAUGGCCUUAGAUGAAGAUUAACAUGAUUGUAACAGUCAGAACCAAGUUAAUAUGUAUAAUAUACAAGCUACUCUUAACAGUUGACAGACUUUCUGAAUAAAUAUUUAAAAUAUUUGCUUCAUGGAGAUAAAACAUUGCAACAGUAAUAUCAGCAGUUUAUUCACCUGUUCCAUCUUUGUGCAUCUUUAGGUGAAAAAGGUAACAUGUAUAUCAAUCCAUCUUAAUGUAAUAAAGUUGCUCAUAUUCACAAUUUUUCUCAAAAACUGUGACCGAAAAACAUCUCAUUGAUAGUACAUGUCAUGGUACAAUUGUGAAAUAUUCUCAGACUGUUGCUCUUCUCAAAUAACAUUGUAAUGUU